UAAUUUAUGUUCUAGUAGAGAUGUCAAAAUACCGUCAUUUUUUAUCUGUGACCACUGAAUUCCAAUCAGAAUAUGGAAAAACGGAACGCGGUAAAAGGAGUAUUCUCAAAAGCGACUCUAUUGUAUGGUACAAAGGCUUACUCUACAACACGAGUAAUGGCCUUCAAUUUUACAAAAAAUGCCUUAGCUAUGAUGUAGAAUAAACGUAAAAGGUUAUUUUUUAUUGAUAUCUAUCAUUGAAUAUUGCAUACUGACUAUUUCCGGCUGAAAGUUUAACUUAUUAUUAACAAAUAACUCAAUGUCAAUAUUACUGCAAGAUUACAGAGUUGAGCAAUUUUACAACAUGUACUUAUUCUAAGUUAGUAAAGUUUAGUUCAAGUUGUGAUUUACUUGUGUUCAGUGUUGUUUUUGAGUUUGUUGGAAUAUAAUUUGAUUCAAUUAUCAAAGAAGACUUUAAGUUUAAUGUGAAUACUGUGAAUGACAUUAUUAUCUGCAUAAAGUUUUAUUUGUAGAGCUAUUACUUAACAUGACAUAUUUGCGGCAAAUUCAAGUGUUCGUAACAGGAUUUAUUUUCUAGUGUGAGUCAUAAGCCGGAUAACAAUGGUUUCUGUUGUUUUAUCAUGAACGUGUGUUAAUUUAAACUAAAGUUUAAAUUCUUAAAUGUGACUGGAGUUAUACUGAACUGUAUUUCGUCGGGAUGUGGACUCGAUGACAUUAUAAAAGUAGAAAUUAUCGACUUGGUGACAAAGCAGCACGCCAUACAAAAUGGCGGAAAGCAGUAAAAAGCGUGGUGGCAGUUUUAGGAAAAUAUUUCCAAAUCUCUUUUUUUCACACAAAUCAAAAGAGAAAUCAGCUAGUAAAGAGUCCAAGUCAAAUGCAAAAGGUGCCACAGAAUCUUCUAAAGGCAAUCAAUAUCAGAAUCCUCGUUCGAUAAGAUCUGAUAAAAACGGUCAAGGAUUGGAAGAUAAUGAACGUAUAUAUGAAAAUUUAACAACACGUCCUCAGAGUGAUAACGAAACGCAAAGCAACGAUAUAUCAAGCCACCAUUCUUCAAGUAGCACACUUGUUUCUGAAAGUACGAAGAACAAAUCGAUUGACACCAACGAAAUUUCUGAAGUCGAAAGUUUUGCGUACACCAGCUACACUGCAAGACCACAGGUACCACCCAAACCGUUCAAUGAAAUGGCGCAAGCACCUCACUCGCCACACUCGUCGAAUCGAAGUAAUCAAGUGAAUAAUUUCGAUAACACACAAUAUCCGGACGUUUACUAUCAUUCAUUGGAGAAACUAAACGAUAAAAUAUCGCCGUUUGAUGAAAUUGAAAUUUAUAGAGCGUCACAAGCACAAACAAACCCAGCUUCUGUGGGAGCAGAAAUAAAACGGGUGAGUACAAAAUUUUUGAUAUCACCGAAGAAAGAAGCUGAAGUAAGAACGAUACAACCAACAAGAGCUCGUAGUUUAUCGUUUGAUAAUAAUAAAGAAAAUGAACAAGCUCCUAAGGAACAGACUUCUUACAAAAGGCAGGAAAGCAAUGCCAAACCAUAUAAUUAUUCAGCGCCUACUUCACCAAUGCCAAUUAGUCAUAAAAUACCGAAUAUGCCAAAAACUGUCUCUCCGUAUGAACAUGUAAGGAAGACCAUGCUUGAGACUGAGGAAAAAAGGAAUUCUUUAAGCAGAACGAGUCUUCGUAAUAAAGCUACAUCAUCGCCUAGAUCAGAUUACAGUCAAAGAGUGACCCCAACAUUACCAGAAAACUCUAGACAAGACUCGGGUGAUAAAGAAAAAACCAGACAAAAAAUUGAAGCAUUUUAUUGGCAAAAGUUAAAGGAACUGAAACAGAAGGAAGACGAAUACUUAAUCCGACAGUCUUUGAACACUUCUUUAAGAAGUCCUGUACGUUUCAAAACCUCUGCCAACUCUAACUGCAGCACUCCAAACUCUUUCUCAUACGUGGUGGAGCCUAGGAGUUGCAGUUUACCGCGAGGACAUGACCUACAAAGUUAUUCUACGAAUCAACCAAUUUACACAUCAAUGCCGUUCGCUAGAGGUGCUCCUGAGAGAAGAACUGAUACUUUCAUUCAAUUCCGAACUACUGUUGACGACCCUGAAAUCAUUUACCGUCACCCGGAAAAGCUUUUGGCAAGAGCACCGUCUCCUGCAUUUCAAGAACAAAAAAUGCCGGUUUACUAUCGGAGUGUGCCACAAGAUGGUCGAAUUGUAGGUCCAUCGAAACGUGUUAGUUUUGAAGAACGAUACGGUAAAACAGCAGGUGGUGGUAAAAGUGAUAGUGAACUGAAAGUGAAUGAUUAUAAAGUGCCUUCUGAAAGCCUUCAGCCACGAAAUGUCAAUAAAGUAAGUGAGAUAUCAUCUCGUGUCCCUCCACGACCUCCUGUGCGAACCACUAGUGUGGGGGGUAAAAAAGUUGUGACUAACAAGAAAAUUAUGCAGUUAACUAGUGCUGGACAAUCACUGUGUUCAGAAUCUGAAAGUGGAUCCGAAGCUGGUGAAAUUCAAAGGAUUAUGCAGGGCAACGCGCAAAAAGAAGAAGACUGGCACGGAGAUGGCCGAAUGGAUGGUGGCCUUUCGGACGGUGAAGCCAGUCGGAUCCCGUCUCGCGGGCGCAGUUCUCGACGGGACGAUCCUCGUCGGCACACCUUGGCUGGCAACCAACUGCUGUUGUACCCUCACAACCCACAAGAUCAUGUUACCAUCGAAAUGCAGCAUCCCAGUUCAGCCCGUCUGCCGAUGAAUCCACCAGAAUAUGCUACGAUCAACAAACUUCGUGAUCACACAGGCAGGAUCGUAGACCUCAGAAUGAAUAAGAAGCCUCCGAUUGCGCGCUACCCGCCACCUUCGAACAAUUUACUCUUCGACGAUGACCCUGGCAUCAUGUCUGAAGUUGAAACAGCUUCGACUGGGUUCCGCAGGGGUGGUAAGCAGAGAUCUUCCCUUCCCGUUGUUCGGACACCGAGCAAAACCUUGGAGAGACCGUUGGGCCUAGUAUUUUUAUAA